AUGUUAAAGCUAAAACCUUCAAAUUGGAAAAAUAAAAUAUCAGAUGUUUUAACAGAUGUUUUAAGAAUAGUGAGGAACCAUCAUGUAAAGUUAGAAGGGGAUUUUGUACAUAUUGUUAUACCAGUAUUGUUAUUAGAAGCUAGUAAAAGAGAGAUUGAGGGUAUUAAAAAACACAAAAUGAUGAUAUCAUUGAUGGUUUAUUGGUAUCACUCCAUUGUUAAAACUCUGGAUAUGGUUAGAGGUUAG